AGGAUUCCCUUGCCUUUGGCUCCAGACGAGCUCUCGAGUCUCGAGACGAUCGGCAUCCGAUGGCAUCAAACACGCCCAUGUGAUAUCCUGUCAAGCUGCAGUGAUCAAGCGUGUCUUGAGACUCGACCAACAUCCCGCAUUCUCUGCGUUGCUUUACUGGAUGCAGCAACAACCGAGACCAUGUCCGCACAAGUAGGUAACAAAGGUCCACGAAUCUGGACGCAAAGACCAGGUGCCCCCUCCAGGCUGCAACGCCAAGUCCUCCUCUCAUAGGCAACGGAAAGACCGUGGCUCGAAGUUGACGCGUCGUCAAGGGGUGAGUGCUGAUCUUCCUGUCGUGUCUCAUGGUCAGCUCACGCGUCUACACGACCCGAUUCUUUUCAGCCGCCACUGGGGCUCGCUGAUUGUGCACGUGAGUCUGCAUGUGCUUUGAACCUGAUGCGCUGAGAUCGCCUUUGUUUCUUGUGCCCAGCGCUAUGGCGUUUCUGUCGCAACAGAGAUCCACAUUCGGCGCUCGGGCGUUAUUGAAGCUGAUCUGACGCCAAGAUUCGAUACUGAGAUUCUGGGCUGCAGCUGUCCUUGUUACCACAGGAGGGUUCAAAGUCAUGCUCUGAGA